AUGUCUUUCCACCUCUCAGGGACUGUAAAGAGAGAGGAGUUAUCUCCAUCGGGGCCAGCCAUUCCCUGCGAGGAUGACAUCUGCUUCCCCAGCGGGGCUUGAGGUGUGCUGAGCUGGAGCAGCUUCCCGUCAUCCCAGGCCUCCUCUGAGUACCAGUCUUACUCCCAGUACCAGUCUUGCUAUUCCUGCAUGUGCAAAGAUGAGGACGCUGCCCGGUAAAGUGUGUGUGCCUUCUACACCCACGUGCAGACUGUGCAGGGUGUGGCAGUGGCCUGGGAGACCGAGACCGGCUUUGAGUCAGUUAGCAGGAAGCCCCACAUUCAUGAAGCCGAAUUCAUCAAGAGGCAGAGGAGAAAAGUCUCCUCCUUUGAGAUGUCUUCCAACACCAACCUGCACUGGCUCCUGGAAGCCAGCAAGAAUGACUGUUCCCCAGAGGCAGAUGACUUGGAGCUGCUGGACUCCCUGGAGGGCUGCCUGCAGGAGUCGUGGGACACUCUGGACUGGUUGGUCACCAUGAACUCUGGGCUGCGCUGUGUGGACUGCUGCCAGGUCUUCCCCACGCUGGAGGCACUGCUGCAGCACGCCCAGUAUGGCAUCCAAGAGGGCUUCAGCUGCCAGAUCUUUUUUGAGGAGAUGCUGGAGAGAAGGCAGGCCCGGGACAUGCAGGAGCUGGAGGAGGAGGACCAGAGCCCUUCAGACAGCAGUGGAUGUCUCACACCCCAUGUCAGGGUACUUUAAGUGCAGCAGCAGAAGCAGUGAAGGGGAUGUGCCCUGCCCUGCCCUGCCCUUACCUCUGGACCCUCUAUUGCUCCUUCCCCAGCCAGCAGGACCAGAGCCACCUGGGCAGGGAGAGAGGAGGAGGGCGGGGGGAAGGAAGCCAGCCUAGCAUGGAGCUGGGAGGGCCGUGACAAGGGAAGGCCAGGAACACUUCCAAAGGGCACAGCAUUUCAACCAGACUCCAUUUCAAGUGUUCAAGUGUUUCUGAUGGUGGGAGCAAGAUCUGGAGCCUACAAGCAUGUGGCCACUGGGAUUUCUAUUUUUGCUGGUGGAUCAAGCAGGUCAUGACUCACAAAAGAGCCAACUGCAAAUGAAGAAGCUUCAGCCCUAUUUUUUUCAUUAUUAGGAACCCA